AUGGCAAAGAGGCCUAGCCUGGGAAGACAGAAGAUCAAGAUUGAGAAAAUAGAGAUGAAGAAUCACCUUCAAGUCACCUUCUCCAAACGGCGUUCUGGGCUUUUCAAGAAAGCCAGCGAGUUGUGCAUCCUGUGCGGAGUGGAGGUGGCCAUCAUAGUCUUUUCGCCGGCCGGAAAAGUCUUCUCCUUCGGCCACCCAAACGUGGAGCUGAUCAUCGACCGCUUCCUUUCCGGGAACCAACACCCUUUGUCGUCCAACAACGCCACCCUCCAGCUGGUGGAGGCCCACCGCAGCGCCACCGUCCGCGAGUUGAAUCUCCAGCUGAGCCAGAUGAUGGCGGAAUCGGAGAUCGAGAGGAAGAGAGGAGAGGCGCUUGAUGAGAUGAGGAAGGAGAGCCGGAGGCAGCACUGGUGGGAAGCUCCGGUUUGCGAGCUUGGGUUGCCGGAGCUCCAGCAGGUGAGAGACGCCAUGGAAGAGCUGAAGAAGAAUGUUACUGCCCAGGCGGAGAAGAUCAAUACUUGUACGUUUUUGGGUAUGGACGGGAAGACAGUAUUCGAUCAUCCGGAGACAAAACCGACGAGGAUUAUGGUUAACUAUACUCAUGCACUACAUGACUUUGGAUAUGAUCUUACAUUUUCCUGA